AGAGCGCCUCCCGAUCGAUAACCAUGUUGGUAUCGUGUCAAGCUUAGCUUACCCUCUCUCUUUCGUGUUGCGCCACGUGAACUUCAGUAAGAGAAGCACCGCCAUGACGGCCGAGGAACAACAUGUUCCGGCGAAGGGUGGCCGGAGAAUGACGUGGGAGGACCGGGACUUCGAGUUCCCGGAGCAGCCGGUGGCGAGCCUGUCGGACAUCGACGAGUUCCUCGAGGACGGUGGCGGCGGCGGCUGCGAGAGGUCGAGGGGGAGCUUCAGCUCCGAGGAGGACCGGGAGAUGGAGGUCUUGGAAGGUGAUGAGGAGAGAGAGGACUCUUGCGGCAAUGCGGAAGAGAGCAAGAAGUUUUGGGAGACCCAGCAUCAGCUUUUACGGGGUGUGUUGUGUAGGAGCACCUCGACGGAGACGAGGAUAAGGAAUGCGACGAAGGAGGCUUUGAAGGAGGUACGGGCGGCGGCGGGGAUCCCUUGCGGCUGCUACCCAUCGACGGCCGCUGCCGAUUGCAGGAGCUGCUUGAUGAGAGAAGUCUGCGUUCGCCUCCAAAGUGCAGGCUUCAACGCCCGCAUCUGCAAGUCCAAGUGGAGGAGCUCCUCUUAUAUGCCGUCGGGAGAGCACACGUUCGUGGACGUGGUGGACGACUCAGGAAGCCCCAAGAAAGGAGAAGUCCGGGUUAUCAUCGAGCUGAACUUCAGGGCCGAGUUCAUGAUCGCGAGGGCGUGCGGCGACUACGACUGCCUCGUGCAGCGGCUGCCGGAGGUCUUCGUCGGGAAAGUCGAGCGGCUCCAAGGGGCGAUCAAGAUCUUGUGCGCGGCAGCCAAGAAAUGCAUGAAAGAGAAGAAGAUGCACAUGGGGCCGUGGCGGAAGCACCGCUACAUGCAAGCCAAGUGGCUCGGCGCGUGUGAGAGGACGGCGCCGCUCGCGCCGGCUGGGCUCUCGGCGAUCGGGUUCUUCUCCGACGGGCGGCGGAAGCUGCGAGCGUCGAUGUUGACGCUGGAUUUGCACGAGAAGUUGCCCGACGCGCAUCGCACGGCCAUGGAAGUUGUGUGACAUAUGUAGCUAAUCAAGACGUUUUUGGCCUUUUGUUUUGUUUGCUAAAUAGAGCGAGACUUACCUUUCGUGUACAGAAUCCGGCUCGCAACACAAAUAAAAGAAAUAGUUGAGAA